AUGGCCGACGACGGUGACCCCCACCUGCCGACGUAUGCGGCCACAGAUGACAACGACAUGGUCGCGUGGAUCGACCGUAUGGCCGCCCGCGCCGACGAACUCGGUCUGCCGCUGACGCACCCGCGCUUCAACAUGCAGAUUGUGUGGACAAAAAAGGACAAUGUCACGGUGGGCCGGCGCUGGGCCGGCACGCUGAGGUACAUUGUGCCAGCGAAGGCGACGAUGGCGACGAAACCGCCCGAAUUGGUGGCAGCGCUCGAGGCGUCCGAAACGGCGGCGGCCCUCCUGCAAGACCAAAAGACCAUCAUCGAGACCUUCUUCCGGCUCGUCCGCUUGGGCCAGACGGGGCUGGUGGUGCGGAUGGUGCAAAAGGGCCUCGUGAGCCCGGACGUGACGGACGGUGCCGGCUACGAGACCGUGUACGGCAUGCAGUACAUUCCGGAGGAUUUGGAAAAGGAGUGGGAGGCGCGCGACAAAACGGACAGGCGGAGGCAGACGCGCGGGACGAGCCAAACGUGGUGGCGGAAGAAGAGCAGGGAUGUGGUGGCCAACCACCCGGGCCGACAAGACGAAGACACGCCCGCCGCCGUGCUGGCACCGCCUCUGACGUCCACCAAUCGCGGCGACCCGUGGAACGGCGCCACGCCGUUGCUGACCGCCGUCGAUGCGGGUGACGCGGCCAUGGUCCGCGUCCUCGUGCACCUGGGCGCCGACAUCAACUGCAUGGCCCGCCCGCCCGACCUGCACCGCGCCAGGGGCGAUGCCGUUCACGGCAUGGACGAUGCCCUUGACCGCCGCGUCCGUCGCACACCGCUCAUGCUGGCGGCCGCCCAGGGGCGCAUCGCCUUGGUGAAGUUGUUCUUUGAGGAACUUCAUGCCGACGACGCUCUCGUGGCCCCCGACGGCUACCACGCCCUCCGCCUGGCCGCCGAGGGCCGCCACCGCGAGAUCGUCGCCUUGCUGCCCGCCCGCCGCGGCGGCGCCUGGGCCCGCUUUGCGACACGCCACGGCCGUGCCAUGCAGCGCGUCGCCAAGGCCGGCCGCAGCAUCGUGUGGUUCACCACGACGUUGGGUCAGGUUGUCCUGUGGCACGUCCCCAAGUUUGGGCUCUGGACCGUCCCAAAAGAGCUCCUUGUCCAGCCGCUGGGCCGCGGGAGCCGCUACCUGUGGCAGCACCGCAAAAACAUCCUUCCGGCCAUCGGCCGUUUCGUACGGAAGCUGCCCCGGCGCCUGUGGACCGGCCUCAAGGAUGUCUCCAAGUUCUUGUGGGAGAUGGCCAGGGGUCUGGCCCAGAUGACUGUCGCCUUCAUUCAACACAUCCCCAAGGCGCUCCGCGUCGCUGGUGCGUGGCUCGUCGCGACCCUCAAGACGGCCGCCGGCGCCAUCGUCCACGCCGGCGGCCGCGUCCUCUCGGCCAUCCACACUGCCGUGACGGCCAUCGCCACGUUCUUCCACACCAUCACCCUGGCCGACGUCCUGCGCGGCUUCCAGGCCGCUGGCCGGGCCGUCUUUGUCGGCCUCCCCAUGGCCGUCUGGACGUGUGUCCUGCUGUUGGGCGCGUACGCCGUGCGCGUGGCCCACAUCCUCUUUGGCGGCGUUGCGUUCGUCGUUUACUUUAUCGCCCUCGUCCUCUUCCACAUUGCCAUGUUCGUGCCGCGCCAGCUGUGGCGUAUCUUGACGGCCCUCGGCAGCUACAUCUCCGGCGCCUUCCACGAAAUCGUUGUCUGGUUCGAUCCGAAGCGUGUCUAA